CAAUACCACACUCGAGAAUUUGCCAGCCCUGGACACAUAUUCAACCAAUUCUCCUACUGCCUUAAAUCAUGGCCAAAAAAAUGAAUUUACCAGACAAUUUGCAGUCAAGGGUAUUCGCACUUGGUCCUGCACCCCCUGGGUUUCUGCCUCCGAAGGCCAGCGCCUUCGCCGCCGCGGAAUCGAAUCUCCGAAGAGCCACUACCUACCUGAAAGACACCAACAACAGGCUCGAGUAUUUGCGAGUUCGACUGCAAAGGGAGACAAAUCCGGCCAGACGCAUGGCUUACAAGGAGAAAACCAUGUCCUUCGCCAAGGAACAGAUCCGGGCCAAGGCACUCAUCACCAAGUACCGGCUCAAGCUGGUCGCCCUGCAGGAUGCCGAGAUUUUCAAGGUCACCAAGCACCUUGAGCAAAUGGAGGGCCUCCUCGCCGAUGUGAACAACCGUCUGGUCAACCUGAGGAGCAAAAUCGUAAAGGAGUCCGAUGCCAAAGUCCGGCAGGUCGACGUCACCAACUCAUUCCACCUGGUGCGGGAACAGCACAAAACCAAGGGACUCUGCGAGCGGUGGCAGGAUCGUCUGGACCAGCUGAAGAAGGCCAGAAUCGUCAGGAGCGCCCAGCUACUUCAGAAGCCAGCGAUUUUCUCUUUGCAGAGCCAGAAACCAAAACAACAGUCUAGGCCACUGGAAAAGCCAAAAACAGAACACCAAAAGCUGCAAGAAGCCCUGGCCUUGGAAGCAUCAAAGGCCAAGGGUGCCAAAAAUAUUACCAGUGAAACUGGCUGCAAGAGAUGUGCCUUCCUGAGAAAGAUGGACAAACAAUCCAAGCUUUGUAGAGUGUGUAAAAAAUGGGCUGAUGAUAAGGGCAGGGCCAAGGAAACAGUACCUAGAAAGUCGGAGCCGAAUGAGUUAGAAGUUCGAGUGCGCAUGGAUUCCAGCUCAAGGGAAUCUACGAUAAAAAUAGAAAUAGAGCCCGUUGAACUAGAAGAGAUCGAGGAAAUGAAGUCUUUGGAAAAGGAAACUACCUCAAAUGCCAAAGUGGAAAAGCCCCCGCAGCUAUCCAAACCUGUAAAACAAUUGGCUGGGAAACCUAAAGAACUAAAUGUAAACGGAAAACGACUUCGAGUAUCGCUACCUUCCCGUGAACCUAUUUCAAAUAAGAAUGUUAAUAAGCUAACUCAGCUACCUUGCCCAAAUGGACAAUCACCUCGGAAACCUGAGAACCAAAGUCCAAGUGGAACCCGAUUGCAAAAGACUGGGCAAUGGUCGGUAACUAUAUCGAAGGCCAAGGUGAAUAAGCUUCCUGAGCCACUUCGUCGCGUUGAGAAGCAGACGGGGCAACCGGAGAAGCCUCCGAGCGCAAAACGAUUUCGAACAGCACAAGCUCAACCUGAAACUAUCUCGAAUAUCAAACCCAAGGAGCCUACUCAGUUUCUUGAACGAGUUAAACAACAGCCUGGGCAACCUGAGGAACAAAAUCUAAGUAGAAAAAUAUCCCGAACAGCACAAGGUUCCUCUCAACCUGAUUUGAAUAACAAACAUGACAAGCAACUUAUAAAGCAACCUACCGAGCAAAAUCAAAGCGAAAAACGACUUCAAACCGCUCUAGUCACUCAGGAAACUAUAUCGAAAGACAAAUCCCCUGAAAUAUUUCCCUCCAUCGUAUCUGUUAAGUCGGAAGCAGUAACCUCAUUUAAGGAGGACCAGGUGACAAGCAAAGACUCUGUCGACCCCAACGAAGUCACAUCCAUACGAGACUCCCUCAAAUCCAUCGACAGUAAAAACAUGGCUCUGGCACACCUGAAAAUUUUACAAGAGUAUGCCAUGUUAAAUGAUAACUUUCGGGCCAUAGGCCUACUUACGGAAGUAGAAAAAUCUAUUAUCCAUCCGCCCCAGAAGGAAGAUUUCGAUCUUUGA